AUAUCGCGAGGCGAGGCCCGUCCGGGGGGAAAAUUGGUUGAUAAUUCUUUUCUUCUUCCGCCGGCUGUGUGUGUUUCACGCGGUGCGCCUGUGUUCGCGAGGAGCGUACGCGGCGCCAGGUUUCCUGGCUCUCGGCGACAGUUGGCGGCAUCCUCUUCAUUCGUCGCCUCUUCUUGCACUUGUCGUCACCGUCGGCUAGUGAGACGUCUUCACCUGCCAUGCACAAGCACACGGUCAUUGCCCUGUUGGCCGCGAUGUCAGCGGUGGACGCAUACAUCAUUCAGCACAUCAAUCCUUACUCUCACGACGUGCCUCACGGCAAAGUGUUCUUUCAUGGCAAAGUGUUGGUUCCUUACCCAACCUACUUCGGCCACGUACCCUUCGGGCACCACCCGCACUUCGUGCGAACGCGGAUCUUCCUCAUAGCUCACGGUCAUCAUCCCGCCAGAAAACCCUCAGUUCCGGGUGCGAUACCCGGUCACCAUCCGGGCAAUGUACCCAUUUAUCCGCCACAUUUUCCCGGUGUACCAGGAGUGAUUCCGGAUAGCGGACCUGGAAUCGACAUCCCGCCUCCUUCCGAGCCCGCGCCAGAUGGCGGACCUGGCGCUCCGUUCCCACCUAGCCCCGAGUGCACGGUUUGUAAUGUCGGUGGAGGUCGCGGUAAUGGAGGCCCCACUGGAGGCCCCAAUGGUAACGGUGGACCAUUGCCGACACCAGACGAAGGCGGCCGAGGGGACGAGGGUGUGAUGCCCGGCGGGGAGACUCCCAGGGCGGGUGUGCCUCCCGCAGGUGACGACACACCGAAACCUGAAGAACCAGCACCAGAAACACCAAAGGCGGAAGAACCAGCACCUGAAACACCAAAGCCGGAAGAGCCCGCGCCGGAGACACCAGCAACUGAAGAGCCAAAGCCGGAGGAACCAGCGCCGGAGGAGCCGAAGCCAGAGGAAGAGCAGAAACCGGAAAGGGAAGAGCCCAAGCCGGAGGAAGAAAAGUCCAGCGAGGAAGACGAAACCCCGACGACCGAGCAAGAUCCUUCCAUUGCUGAACCACCUCCCGCACGUCUUCUGCUGCGGAAAAAAGGUGCUACGCUCGUUCGAUAGCCCUUAGUCAAGGAUAGCACGCACUCUUCGCACUCGUGCAGGUUGCGAGUGUCGAGACUAUUUUUUUUACCCUAUGAGCGUACGAUUCUGGGCAUAUUUCAAGUCAUGAAGGUGUGCAGGUUCCACAACCAAAAAUGAAAAAAAAAAAAUGCGGGUAUGUGUGUACCUCAAGUGCCGAAGGCUCACGCAGUGAUAUUUAGGCUUGGGGGCUCCACAUGGGGCAUUACGACAAUGACUAGAAUAAAAGUGUAGUUGAAGCCACGUUUUUGUAUAUUCAAUAAAUUGUGGCCCCAAUAAUCCCCGAACCUAAACCCAUUCCGAACCUCUCCUUACUAUCCGUUCCUUCCUUCCUAAGGUCAAGUUCACAA